AUGGAAAUGAAAAAUAGAAUUAGAGAACUUGAGAAUCGUCUUGCAAAUUACGAAUACAUGGAACAUUAUUCUCUGACUGAAAUUCCAGAUGAUGAAUCUUUCGGAUUUGAAAAUGAUUUUGAUAAAAACCAGGAAGAGCGCCAUGACGACGGCUUGAAAUUUUCUGAACCAGUUUGCUCGCAGCAGUUAUUCUUGGAGUCUGGUUCCUCGGAUCUCAUAAUUCUGAAGUUAUCUGAGGUACAUGGUAAAGAUAUAUCUCCCAAUAAUACGAGUCCAAAUAGCUUGGAAAUUCGAGAACAACAAAAAGUGCAUAUUCCUAAUGAGUUACUCCGAAAGUUACCUACUGAUUUCGUUUUUAAAAUGAUUGAAGAGACACAUUUUUAUUUGACAUCUAUCUAUCUUCCCUUUGAAUUGGAGGAACUAAUUGCUAAAAUCCAGGAGUGCUGCUCGGAAGGAUACUUACAACUUUCCAAACUUUCAAACAACUCGCUUAGGCCAUUGAUCCUCGUCCUCCUAGGAUUAGGUCAGCACUAUACUGGUAUUAAACCAAAAGCGGAUAUAGAUAUUGAUGCAAAAGAAGAUACAACAUGUUUGCCCUUCUUCAUGUCUGGAAUAUGUGAAAUUUUUCCUAUAAAGGAUAUUAAUGAUGUUGAGUUAGUUGUUGUUUUUAUCGUAUGCUCUUACUAUUUCAGAGCAGUGAAUGAAGAUCGUAACGCGAUAUUGUAUUCCAAUUUUGGAAUAGUUUUAUCCUUGCAAUUAGCACUUCAUUCAGGAUCCUCAUACAACGGCUUGAGCGAAGUGGAAUGUGAGAAACGAUGUCGAAUAUGGUGGUCAGCCUUUUCUUCAAACAGAUUUUUAUGUGUCAAAUUGGGUCAUCCCCUAAUUUUGAACUUAUCCCAGAUUACUGCCCCUUAUCCAAAGAUGCUCUCUACAUGGGAUGGAAAGUGUACAAAAUCGACAUUUCCUAACUCAGAUGAUUUAAAACAUUAUAUUGAACUUUCCAAAAUCUCUGAAGAGAUAACUAAUAAUAUUUAUCUUAAAAGGUCAUCUGAUAAUGGAAGAGAGACAAAUCUAAAGUCUUUUAUGGAACCAAUUUUCACAAUAAUUCAAAGAUUGGUGAAUUGGAAUAAGACUUUAACUGCGAAUCUAAGGUUAAAUUUACAUGAGAGAAAGCAAGGUGAUGGAAAAGAGAAAAGAUUGAAGUAUUCUGUACACUUGAAUUGUUGUUAUUUGAUUCAUCUAUCAACAGUGCCUGUUUUGUAUCAACUUGUUCUUGAGCAGAUUACAUGCAACCAAAAUGGAGAAAAGUGGUCUAUCAAAGACCUCUCGCAAGAUUUAAUGACCGUCUUAACGGUGUGCUUCAACGCAGCUGUACUCACUUUUAAUAUUUUAAGCAUAUGCUACGAAGAGACAACUUUAGCGAUACAUGGAGUACUCGAUCCAGACUAUCUCUAUAGUGCUUCAUUGACUUUUGCAAUGGGGAUGAUACUUGAACCCAAUGAAGAAUUUUGUACUAACUUCCAGUCUUGUUUGAAAAUCUUAAAACACUUGACAUCUCAAGGAAAUCCAAAUGCUAAGGCAAAGCUUUUGAAAAUUGAAAGUUUUAUUUCUUCGAUAGAUGGGUCUGCUUUAAAAUCGUAUUCUAAUGCUUCCACAGAAUUUGAAUUGGGCAGUGAGUCCAUGAAGUGUGAUAAAAAUGAUAUUGAUAUGGUCAUUGAACCUUGCAUGUUAGAACUAAAGGCUUUUUUUAAAUGA